GUCUUGUGUCCAUCCUUGCGCUUGAGGCUAGGAUGAAAGUGCCACCUGCUCAACCCAAAUCAUUACUACUUUGCUGUAGUAACUCUGAAUCCUCAGGAUCUCUCCCGAAGCCUCUCGGCGCUACAGUGAAGAGGGGCGAAAAAGAGGCGACCGGCUUUCCUCCGUCUGCCGCUGGCGGGGGCGGCGGUCUUCUUCGCCUCCGACGGCCGUCUUGGCGUCGGGAGGUGGAGAAGACCGUGGAUCUCUCGCUGGCGGGUAGUUUAGGUCCUAGGUAUCUAGGUUUGGUGUCCUGGCGACGGCGGCGAGCGGGAUGGCCGGCGUUGCAGCGGAAUAAGUCCCUCCACCCUGUUUCCCGUCGCGGCGGUGCGAGCUCCGGCGCCUUCGUGAGGGCUGUGAGGGGAAGCUCUUCCAGGUUCGUUUCCUACGACCUGUGCUGGGCUUGUACAGGAGUCUUCUUGAGGUUGGUGGUGCUCUGGGUUUUUCGUUGCUACGGUGGCGGCAGUCUGGAGCGCUGCCUCCUCUUCUUCGUGUCCGGCAGAGUGUGCAGAAGGGCGACGGCUUGUUUUGUGGUCUGCUGGGAAGUGGAUUCGUUCUUCUUGUCUGUCGUCGUUCGACGGCGUGGGCGGAUCCAGGUUCAACCGAGCGUGGGGUGUGUCCCCGGCCGAUGGGCGUUCAAGGUUCAGUUCUUCUCGUCUCCAGGGGUGAGAUUCUACUGCGGCUUCUCUAAAAGCUUUCGGGCGAUGGCGCUUGGCUUGAUCCAGUGGAGGCACCACCAGUCUUCAGCUUCCCUUGGAGCCUGCGGCAAAGAUGGAAGAUGGAGGCGACGGGUGUUCGUGGUGUUCAUGGAGGAUCUGUUGCUCUUUCUGUAUCCUUUGCUUUCGUGUGUACUCGUCGUUCGUCACGGUCUGAUGGCACGGGCUCCCCUUGAAAAGGCAACACGGGGAUGGAGUUUAUCUGGGUUAGCUGCUAGGUUUCUCAGGUACACUCGUGUCUGAGCGAUGGCGCCGGGCCGAAUUGGACCAUCAGGAAAACUCCUGGAGCAAGCCUUUCAUCACCAACCGCCUACUUUCAGACGACGGGGAAUCGGUCGAACGAACUGGUGUUAGCAUGUGACUGAAUGGUCAUCAUGAAGAAGUUGAUGUCCGAAGCUGCCUGGCGAUGGAGGGAAGUCUCGUCCCUUUCUCCUCCUUUUUGAGUCUGCUGUCAGAACUCAGCGACGAAGUGAUCCUUGAGGUUCAGUGUGCGAUCAGAUCUCCUACUCCUCGAGCGAUGUAGGCAGCUCUGACCCUAUUGCCAAUUUGCCAUGAAACACGUUUACCAACGAACAGUACCAGUAAUCUGUUACAUUGAUCUGUUUGACGAAUGGUCUUGUCAGUAAGCUCCCAAACGAAGCAAGCUGCAGCAACCACGCUUGCAAACAGUCUGGGCCGACCCGACGGGAACAAGGGACAAGGUGCGGAGGCUGAGGCCCAGACAGAGGAGUGGAUGGAGAUGGAGUAGCGUCGAAGCCCGGCAAGAGGAGGAAGACGAAAAGGGAUGGUUGGAGUUGGAAUGGCAAGCAGAGGAUGGACGCGGAUAAUGGCUGUAGGUGGAGCAACCAACCAGGCGAUUGGGACCCUUGUACUCCCCAACAGACGCCCCUCACCAACCGAAUUGAAUUAUUUCUCCACAAUUUCGGGUGCCCUCGGCCUCGCUCCCAGCCCAGCCAUGGGGCACGCGUUAAAGACUCGAAGAAGCAAAGCAAGGACAUCUCUGGAUGCUGCUGUGGAUCUUUCUCUAUCUCUUUCUUUUUUUUUUCCUACUUGUGUUGAAUGUGUGAUUUGGUCAAGGAACGUGUGGAGCUUGGAAGUAACCAACCAAGUACUGCAUCAAGCAAGCGCUUGUCGUACCAAAUGGAGGCGGUUCUGCACCGAAACCUUUGUUGAAGGCUUGAAGCUACCUAGUUAGAAAAGAAGUAAACCCUCGUGCCAGGGCCUCUGUUCCUUCUCCCUUGGCCUUUGCUUUAGGAAAAAAAAAAGAUAGAAAGCUUUGCUUUUCGCAAAGUUUCAGGUCCUAGUCCUACAACCAAAUGGAUUCCGUAACACGAUAUUUGAAAAAAGAAGGGUGCAUUCCUGCUUUUGCCCUGCA